UCACCAUUCUGGACAGGGGUACCUGUGAGCCUUACAGAACUUCAGGCUUUUCACAAAGAGGCAGCCACAGAGUAGACAACAUACACCAUGGGAUCCCUGUCAAUCUCUACCCAUAGAGGACCUGUCCACUGGCAAGUGAUCCUGGUGGCUGUCUCACUCCUCAACUUCUGGUGCCAGCCCACCACAGCUGAACUUUCUGUUGUGUCCACCUACAGCGCUGAAGGGGAGGCUGCACUUCUACCUCUUCACAAUACACCUAAUGAUGUUAUAACCUUCGUAUGGUACAGGGGGAAAAGCACCAACAGAAAUUUUAUGAUUGCAUUUCUUAUAACAACCUUAAGAUAUGAUAUAAAAGGUCCUGCAUACAGCGGUCGAGAGAGAAUAACCUCUGAUGGAUCCUUGCUGAUAGACAAUGUCACAAAGAAUGAUACAGGAAUGUACACCAUAGUUAUCUACAUUACAAAUGUAAUAAAAGAAAUUGGAUUGGUGCGGCUUAUCGUAUAUGAGCCUGAAUUAGUGGUUUCCCUCAAUGUCAGUAACAGCACAGUCACAGAGAAUAAGGAUUCUGUGGUCUUUACCUGCAACACAAAUGCACUCUUCAUUCACUGGUUGUUCAAUGGCAUUAAUCUCCAACUCAAUGAGCGCAUGAAUGUGUCAAAUGUCUACCAAAGCCUCACCAUAGACCCUGUGAAGAGGGAAGAUGCUGGUAUUUACAAGUGUAAAGUUUCCAAUAUCAACCGGUCUACUACAAGUUUUCCUGUUGUGCUGCAUGUGAAAUUGAGUAACAGUCAUUCCUGACAUAUGUUAUUAAAUUCUAAAUAAAAUAUUUUUCAGCAUUAUACUAGAUUUUUGAAGGUGAAUAGCUCUU